UAAAUCAUUUAUGGGUUUAUGAUUACUAUAAUGAAGAACAUUUUGGGGUUCAAUUAAUCGUACAUUUCAAUUUUCCGGAAAGGUGACUGGUUGAUUAUCUUGAGCUCCACGAUGAUAAACAUACCGUGAUUGAUGUGUUUUUGUAAACGUCUUCUGUGAUGAGACUCUUAAUCUUCCUUUACUAUCGUGAAAUGAACUUUUGUUUCUUUUAGUGAUUAACCAUGUAAACUAUCUUGUAUCAAUGCUAUAAACCAACCAAAUAACAGAAGACAGACUUAUAAAAUUUUAUAUGUGAUGAAUUGAAAUAUCUAAGCUAUGGUUAAUAAUACUAUAAUUGUUUGGUUUAUGAUCUGAUUUUCUUAUUUUAAACGCUCAUUUCGUUAUUUUAUUCCAAAAGCUAUGUUUUGAAACAUAGAUCAGAUUAGUAAAAUUUCGACUAUACAAAACGUCACUGUGUACGUUACCAAACCGAUUGAGAAAGAGAGCCCAUCGAAGAUCUCACGUGCAUAUUCGCCAUUAAAUUAUAGGGGAUUGAUCGGACGUAGGUAAAUCUGCCACGUCAACAAAUCAUAAUAGAGAAGACAGAUUCCUCGAGAUCUUAAAAGAAAAACAAUUAAAGUAGGAGACCGACCAAUGAUAAUGCAAAACGCGCAUCUUACGUGGACCCCUUCGUACAACUUGGCCAUGUAAGUUAACGCUGAUCUCGACCGUUCAUUUGGCGGCUCCUUUUUUCUGAUCUGACACACAAAAUCCCAAAUUGUGAAAAUACAAUAAAAGUAUAUCAACUGUAAGUAAUCAGUGAAAAUAAAAUUAUAGCAGUAUCAGUUAGGUAACGUAUAUGUUUUUAUAAUAUUAUAAUUAGGAUGUUGAAAAUUUUGUUAUUACUCUGCGAGGCAUCGUGUUCUCCCAGAAAAUGUCAACUUCGUUUAUUAUUUUAAAAUUAAAUUAAUAAAAUCAUUUUCUUGGGUUUCCGAGACAAUUAUUUCUGUAUUUCAUAAUAUAUCAGUGUGUUCACGAUCAUUAUUAUGUUGUAAUCAUAUCAGUCCCGGAGUUAUUUCUCACAUUUGCAAAUUUGCACUCUCACUAUUCCUCAGACAUUAUGUUUUGAGUUUUCUUUUCCUUUUCCAGAAGAUUGGUUUUCUAGCUUUUUAUUUAUUUUACUAGUUAAAUUAAUAAAUGAUACUACUUUAAAAGAUAUAAACUGAAAAUAUAAAAAUUUACUAUUGACUAGUUAUUAGAUACUAUGUUUUAGUGAGAGAAAACAGUGAAAUUAAAAUAAACUUACUCAUUUUUAAUUUGUAUAAAAACUCCAUAGCCUUAUUCAGUCAGAAACAGAUAAAAUAUCUGACCAGGUUAAUCAAACUUUACACGGCAGUAUUUGCACUAAGACUACGCAUUUACAUAAAAAAAACACACAUGAGAUAAUUUAUUCUCAGUUACUUUUUUUCUACCAAUCAUGAAAAGGAAGAUUAUUACUCUACUUUACUCCCAUUUUUCUGUCUUUUCUUGAUUGAGAGUCAAAUUUCUACUGUUUAUUUGGAGUUGAACAUAGCAUGAAAAAUAUAAUUAAAUAAAAUAAAAAAUUAUUCAUUAUUCUCAUUUACCUUGGUUUAUUUCUUUAGACGGGAAGUUUUUUUUUUACUACUAAGUAGUAUGCAUGAAUGUAACUCUGCAACGUGACAAAAAAGUAGGAAAAAGAGAAAAUCCAAUCUUUUAAUUUCUGUAAUGUAAGAAUAGACACCAUCACCCAAAAUUAUAAUUUCUCAAGAGAACUAUAAGCCCAAAUCAUCUCCUCCCUCUCUGCAUAUUUCUUCUUCUCUCUUUUCCUUUUUACUCGAGAGAGAAAGAAACUGGUUUCUCGUUUACUUUUCUUUCUAUUUAAGGGUUCAUUUGCUUCUUCUUGCACACUAUAGUUUUUCCCAAUUGGGUAAGCUCCAAGGUAGCUGCUUCUUCAGUAGUAUUAUUAUUAUUUUCAAUUUUUGUAGCCAUAUGUUUAUUUUCCCGAGAAAUUUUAUCCACACCCAGAUCUUUAAAUCUCAACUCUGAGUCUCUCUGAUACUUAUAAACUUACUCAUGCUUUAGUUUCCACCAAAUCUGGAAAACCAAUAGAUUUCUUCUGCAGAAUCUCAGAGCUAUACCCAGAUCUUGCCUAGAUUUUACCAUGGAUUCUCUCAACUCUUUUCCAAAAGUUUGAAACUUUUCUAGAUUCCUUGAAGUGGGUCUAAGCAACGCUUCAAAGAUAUUCUGAUGAUUUCUAUAAUCAAAAUAAAAACGAAGUAUCAUUUGACAUUGUUUUUUUUUGUGGUAAAAGUCAUUUGACAUUGUUCUUCCUUUGAUUCACCUAUCUCUUCAAACCCAAGAACUCUGAUUCUCUUUCUCCCAUUGAACUCUGUCGGUAUGUUUUGUUUUUAUAAAUCUUAAAGACAAAAAAAACAGAGCUAGGUUUUAAUUUUUUCGGACAUGGAGAUUCUGAGACCGACAACUUCACAUGUCUCCGGUGGGAGCUGGCUCAUGGAGGAGACCAAGAGCAACGUGGCAACUGCCCGUGAGUCUGCCACGUGGACGGCGGCGGAGAAUAAGGCGUUCGAGAAUGCUCUGGCGGUUUACGACGAUAACACCCCUGAUCGGUGGCAGAAGGUAGCUGCGGUUAUCCCAGGGAAGACCGUGAGUGAUGUCAUCAGACAGUAUAACGAGCUGGAAGCUGACGUCAGCAACAUCGAGGCCGGUUUAAUCCCUGUUCCCGGUUACAUCACCUCGCCGCCUUUCACUCUGGAUUGGACCGCUGGUGGUGGUGGAGGUGGAUGUAACGGUUUCAAACCGGGUCAUCCGGUUGGUAAUAAACGGUCUCCGGCCGUUAGAUCGCCGGAGUUGGAGCGGAAGAAAGGUGUUCCUUGGACGGAGGAAGAACACAAGUUAUUUCUAAUGGGUUUGAAGAAAUACGGAAAAGGGGAUUGGAGGAACAUAUCUAGGAACUUUGUUAUAACAAGAACGCCAACGCAAGUCGCUAGUCACGCCCAAAAGUACUUUAUAAGGCAACACUCUGGCGGCAAAGACAAGAGACGAGCAAGCAUUCACGAUAUAACCACCGUAAAUCUCGAGGACGAAGCUUCUUUGGAGACGAACAAGAACUCCUUGGUUGGACGAGAACAGCAUUCACGACUAGGCGGGUUUCCUUGGAGCCAAAUGGACAAUACUGGAAAUCAUGCAGACGCUUUCAACAUAACGAUAGGUAACGCUCUUAGUGGCGUUAACUCGUACGGCCAGGCUAUGCUAGGGCCGUUUAACACGACCGCUGAUUCUUGCUACGAUGCGCAGAGCACAAUGUUUCAGCUAUAGCAAGUUGUGAUACUCUAAUUGGAUGUAAGUUAAAUUCUUAAUUUUUCAUAUGGACGGAACAAUCGUAUUUGAAAAUUGUAUAAUAAACGUUCAUUGUGUUGAUUGAUUCCAAUUUAAAAUAGUUAAUAAAUGUUUCGUGUCAAUACCU